UUUCCGGGCGGAAACAAUAUUACCGCGGACGCAUUUCCGGUUUGUGACGUGUAACGGGAAGGGCCGCUUCCGAGGCUGGGAACGAAACCAAUAGCAAAGACCGACUAGAAAGGAGGGCAGGAGCGUCGGAGGGAGCGGGGGAGGAGAGCCGAGCCCAGGAGAAGGAACCAUGAAGCUGUACAGUCUGAGCAUACUGUAUAAGGGGGACUACAAGGUCCAUCUGCUGAAAAGUGCCUACGAUGUGUCGUCCUUCAGCUUCUUCCAGAGGUCCAGUGUACAAGAGUUUAUGACAUUCACCAGCCAGCUGAUUGUGGAGCGAUCAGACAAGGGGAGCCGCUCAUCUGUGAAGGAGCAAGAGUACCUCUGUCACGGGUAUGUGCGAAAUGACUCCUUGGCGGGGGUAGUGAUUGCUGAUGCUGAGUACCCGCAGAGAGUCUGCUUUACUCUUCUUGAUAAGGUUCUUGAAGAGUUCGCCACCCAGGUGGAUAGAAUAGACUGGCCAUCUGGCUCUCCGGCCACCAUUCAGUACAAUGCAUUGGACUCUUACCUUGCCAAGUACCAAAACCCUCGAGAUGCUGAUCCAAUGAGUAAAGUACAAGCAGAGCUGGACGAAACCAAAAUCAUUCUGCACAACACCAUGGAGUCCUUACUGCAGCGCGGGGAGAAACUGGAUGACUUAGUCAGUAAAUCAGAAGUGCUAGGAACCCAGUCCAAGGCCUUCUAUAAAACAGCCCGGAAGCAGAAUUCAUGCUGUGGAAUCAUGUGAUGUGCGCACAGUGAUGAAGACCGGAUCCAAGAUGAUGAACAAACACUAAUAUCAGGGCUGACACCAAAUCAGCCCUACCUAUCCCCAGCAGGAGGCAGUAUAGGUGGUUACUGCCCUCAGGUCAAAUUUUUUUUUGUUUUUUUUUGGGCGUGAGAGGGGGAUCUCCUUAACAUUAUCUAUUGAUGUGUGUUCACUUUUUACUGCAAGACCGAAGUUUCUCAAUCUCUGCCCCCCCACCAGUAUGAAGUGACACGCCCUCCCCCCCCCCCCCCAGGGGAUUGUGCUGACCAUUUUUUCCAAUUAAAACAUUCCUGUGAUAUUUGAAGUGAUACGAAAUAUCGCCGUGCGUUCUGUGUGUUCUAACCCGUCACCAAGCUGCAGAGUGAUGUAGAGUGAACCCGGUAACUUGUAAUGUAGUGACGCUAUACUAACCGAACCCUGAAUCUUACCACCCUGGGAGGAAAUGGGUUAAGUGUCUGUCUGCUUCUACCCGUACCCUUCAUGCACUUGUUUAGUGUCAUUUUAACACCUUUCCUCCCUUAACCCGGACAUGUAUUAACUGUGGAUAACCUCGUAGUAUGUGCAAAAUAGUAGAACUUUUUUUUUUUUUUUUUCGUUUUUUUUUUAUUCCUGGAGAACCCCUUCUGAAAUAAAA